AUGAGAAAUUUGAAGAUUUUAAUCGAAAGAGAAAAAGGAAUCAUUUAAUGGUAAGCAAUCGAUGAAAAAAUCUUUAUUGGCCAUACAACAUGGCUAAGGAUUACUUGUUUAAAUACAAAGUAUCACUUUAUUUUUGAACUAACCCCGAAGGUUCAAGAGAAGCCUUAAAUAUUACAGUUAAGCAGAGUGCAUUAUUUAUUUUGGCUAAAAAAUACAUCUAAAAUCUUGGUUUACAAUUUUAAAAACAGGUCUGUUGAAGCCUCUAUCAUACUUCCUAAACAUGAAGGUUUUAUUACACUUUAUCGAGUAUAUCAGAAAUUAAGAAAAGCAUUCACUUACUAGCUAGGAUUGAGAGGAUUUAAAAAAAUUAAUUUCUAUGAAUUGGAUCUUAAUUUUUACCCCUAGCUCAAGCUAAUUUAGUCUUUUGACUUAUUAAAACCUCUAAGAUAUAUUUGCCAUUCAAUGAUGAACAAUAGUUAUAUAUGCAAUCUGCUAAAUCCUGAAUAGUUUGAUGAUACUCAUUAAAUCAUCGAAAUAAUAAACAGAAAAGAUCUUUCAAUUUGUCAUUUCCAAAUAUAAAAAGGAGACCACAUCAGCAUGUUAAAUUGCAAAAUUUUCGGUGAUCAAAUUCCACUAAUGAUUAAGUACUCUGAUUUGGCUUUAACUAUGUUUUCAUAUAAAAAUGGAUAGUUGUUUAAUUUUGAACUUUUCAAAGAAUUUAAUGAAGUUAAUCAGAGAAUUGUUUCAUCUUCUACAAACUUAGCAAUAUAUACAGAAGAACUUAAGUCAAAGUAUGUCGUAUAUAUAUUAAGGAAAUAAUCUAAUGGUAAGGGAUUAUUGUGGAGAAUACUAAUUCCAAGAAGAGUCAUAGCAAACAUAUUUGAAAGUUUAAGUAUUGAAAAAAGUGAAAUCUGA